GCGGAUCGGGGGAUGCCGCAGACUCAAAAGAGCCGAAGAAAGACCGGGGAGCAGAACGAUUCGUCAAGUUAUGACGAAGAAUCGAUGUCGCGAGAGAGUAUUCCCUGUGCACGGUCCGUCCUCCCGUCGCCCUCAUAAACCGCAAACGCGCCAGCUCCCCUCCUUCACCCGCCCUCCAUCUCCCUCCCACCGCACAACCCACUGGACAAACUGGCAACCAUGGUCAGGCACGCUACCGUCGCGCUCAAGAGGACCGGGCAGCAGAUGCCCCUUGUCGGCUUUGGUCUCUGGAAGGUCACUAGGGCGACUUGUGCGGAUACCGUCUACAACGCCCUCAAGGCGGGCUACCGUCUCCUCGACGGUGCCGGUGAUUAUGGUAACGAAAAGGAGGCUGGUGAGGGUCUCCGUCGUGCCAUCGCCGACGGCGUUGUGAAGCGCGAGGAAGUCUGGGUCACAUCCAAGCUGUGGAACACUUUCCACAAGCGUGAGCACGUACAUGCCGUGGCCAAGAAGCAGCUUGGCCUCUGGGGCAUCGACUACUUCGAUCUCUUCCUCGUUCACUUUCCCAUCGCCCUCGAGUAUGUCGACCCUGCGCACCGCUACCCUCCUGAAUGGUGGGGCGAUGACAAGAAGGUUCACCUCGCGAAAGUCCCACUGCAGGAGACGUGGCAGACCAUGGAGGAGCUCGUCGACGCGGGUCUUGCCAAAAACAUUGGUGUCUCUAACUGCCAGGGUUCCAUUCUUCUCGACGUCCUGCGCUACGCUCGCUACGAGCCGGCAGUUAAUCAGGUUGAACUUCACCCCUACCUGACGCAGGAGCCGCUCAUCAAGCUGUGCAAAACCCUCGGGAUUGCCAUUACUGCGUACUCGUCGCUUGGCCCUCAGAGCUAUGUGGAACUCGGCGGUGACAAGGGUGCAAAGAACUUGCUGGAACAUGACAUUGUUCUGUCUGUUGCAUCGAAGCACGGAAAGACAACUGCGCAGGUGCUGCUCCGCUGGGCUGUGCAGCAAGGUUUGGCUGUCAUCCCGAAGAGCAACAACCACGAGCGUCUGCUGCAGAACUUCGAGGUCGACCAGUUCACGUUGACGGAAGAUGAGGAGAAGGCGAUCAGCUCCCUCAACAUAAAUCUCCGCCUCAACGACCCUGCCGACAUCGACCCCCGCAUUGCCAUCUUCGCGUGAGUGAGAAGAAAAUGGUCAGAUAAUUGUUGUAUAAGUACGGCGUGAACGCUUCUAGAUUGCUGCAAAUACAUCACAGUGG